UCGAACGCGCGGCGCGCGGAGCCUGCUUGGCGGAGCUGUCUACGAGCAGCAGACGAGUAGGGAGCGGCGGCGCGCUGCCAACUCUGCGUGGGUCUCUGUGUGUGCCGGUGACUGCUGCGCGUCUCCGCGAGCAGUCGGCAGUCUCUCGGUCCGGUCUGGCGCGUGCCUGUGUUGCCGCAGUGUUGUGUGCGCCGCGAGCUUCCCGGAGACGAACGUGUCCUGAACUGCUUGGAACGUCGCUCGUCGGUGCCGCCAAGGAACGUGUUUUUACAUGUCGUUAUAGCGUCGUCGUGAGCCGCACCAUCGGCACCGUGUCAAAAUGCUCCAGCAAAUCCUGCGGGACAUGUACAUUGACCCCCAGCUGCUUGCUGAGCUGGAUGAUGAGCAGAAGCACAUCCUGUUCUGCAAGAUGCGAGAGGAGCAAGUACGGCGUUGGGAGCAGCGUGAAAAGGAGCUUGCCCUCAACAGCAAAAAGAAUGGCACCACUAGCAAUAGCAGCAAGCCUGGAAGCAAACGUGUGGACUUCCUCUUGGGUUCUGAUGGCAAGCCAUGGACUUGGGUGAUGGGAGAGCAUCCUGAAGACUCCAGCAUUGAGGAGAUCCUAGAGAAGGAGACCAAGGAGAAGGCUCGCAUUCAAGCAGCCCAGGAAGCACUCCAGCUAAGAAAUCAAGAGGAGCAGCAACAAAAGCAGCAGCAGCAGCAGAGGCAGGAGCAGCAGCAGCAGGACCAGAAUUGGCAGCAGCUGCAGCAACAGCAGCAGCAGCAGCAGCAACAGCAACAGCAACAACAACAAAUACAGCAACAGCAAAAGGAAAUAGUGGUGGUGCCAGCGACUCCUUCACCUCCACCGGAGAUUCCGAAAGACUGCAUAGAGGAAGUGGUGCGAUUGCGGCGCAAAAAGAAGCCCCUGGAAGGCUGCUUCUCCCUGGAGAAGGAAGUGGCUGCCCUCCUCCAAGACUCGGUGGUUGCUACCUCACGGGUCUCCACAGUUGAUCGCAGCACGUGGCUCUCCCAGAAGCAGCAAGAGAUCAAAAAUCGAGAGGAAAGCCUGAAGCAGCUGAUGGAGCAGCGGUCACAGGAGAUAUACCAGGAAAUCAAGGCACAGCAGCGCAAAAGCAUUGAGGCUGCUGAGCGUGAGAGCAUGGUCCAGGAGGAGCUUUGGAUUGAGCAAGAGAAGAAAGCAAAAGAAGUGGAGAAGCAGAUUCGCGAGAUAGCACGCAUUGCCCGUGAAGAGCACAAGAGAGCGCUGCACCUCGGCAAUGGCAAGACACUGGCUUCAGUUGACAUGAGAGACCCCGUGAGCAUGAUGAGCCUGAAUGGAAAGCCUCCCGUUCCCCCCAAAGUGGUGCCCCCACCUCUCCCUACCACGCCUCCUCCGAACCUUGUGAUAAAUGGCACUAGCAAUGGCUCCGUCAAGAAUGGCAUUACCACCAUCACCACUACUACCACUACUACCAUUGGGAGCCCCACCACAGUCAUGCCUUCUCAUGCCACAUCCAGGUGA